CACUGGUCUGCAGAGCUGCAACGGUUGGUGGUUUUGAACUGAAUGCGCUGACUAUGGUUGAUCAGUUCCGUUUAUGUCGCGCGAAUGCGUUGUUACGAACGCUGUGAUUCCGCACAGAGUUUAGUUGAGUGAAAACUGUGGUGAUAUCUUUUUGUAUCUUUUAGUUGGUCGAUGAAAAGUGAAAUCUUUAAUAAAAGGUGAAAAUGAAAUUGUUCAGUUUCGCAGUUUUCUUUGUGUUUUACGGUGUCUGUUAUGGGCAUUUUGUCGCGAAUGAAACAAGAUCCCGUGGGAGAAAGAAGUUAAUUCAUAAUUCCCCGACGAGCUGGACAGAUCCUUAUGAUGAUGAUGGAAUUUGGUUUAAACUUUUGGAGGACUAUGCAACUGGAAGCAAAUCAUCACGUGAAGGACGUGUCAUGCCCCCACCUCAUAGAUACAUCCCAACGUCAGGAUUCUACAUAACAAAACGAAUCGGAGAAGCAAUGGAACUUGAACCGCAUCGCCGCCCGCCUGGCAAAGUCAUUUCGCCCAUCCUUCCCCCUCCACCACCACUGCAACAGUCUCAGCCUCAACAACCAUCAACCAUCCAUUCGAAUUAUCCAACUAGACAAAACUUCCUCCCUAACCACCAACUUCGCGAAGUUUCAGAGACGGAUUUGUAUCUCCUUGGAGCUAUUGAAAAGCUGGUCUACCGCGUGGACUAUAUGGAGCACCGAUUGCGGCGUACCGAACAAUUGGUUUACUAUCUCAUGGAAGGCAAUAAACAAAAAGAAGAUGCGGUUGCAAAUCCUUGCGCAAAGAACUUCACAAAAGUCGGAGAUACCUGUUACCACAUCUCUGGUGAUCGCCAAGUCAAUUGGAAAUCGGCCAACACUCUCUGCAAAUCCAUGAACGCUCAUCUAGCCGAGUUUGUCGACCUAACUGAGAACGAGGAAAUGGUUGCCUAUCUUCUCAAUCAUCCCGAUCAUCGUUGUAAGGACUUCUGGUUGGGCGGUUUGAAUCCGGGACUUUUAUGGAUUUGGUCGAAUUCAGCUAAGCCCGUCAACCCCAAUACGAAUCUAACUUCCAUUGUUAGCGCUGCUGAUAAUUCAACGACAACGAACGAAAUAGACGACAAAAUAACAAAUAAUACGGUCGAAAUCAAAGGUUCUGGACGAUGCCUGCGAUUGUCUUAUAAUCCUGCGAAACAUACUUAUUUCUAUUAUGGUCAGGAGUGCACGUCGCGGCAUCAUUUCCUCUGUGAAGCUGAGAAUAAGACGCUGGAGAAUAAGAUCAAGAAAUUGACUAGAGAAUUAGAUCUUGAUAUGUUUUAGAUACGCUUUUAUAUUAAGCGAAUAUUGAUGUAUUUAUUUAAUUUAUUAGUUAAAUUGUUGGUUUACUUGU